AUGUCAAAGAAAUCCACAAAUUCGAAGCUUGAAAUCGCCGCUGGUGAUAUGGCGAACGGUCAAUCAGGAGGUAACGUUGAAGCCGCUGAGGGUCCAGUGAUAACAACGCAGGUAAAUUCGAAUCCAUCCAAUGCUCAACCGGUACAUGAAACACGCAGUACAGGAGCAUAUCCGAAAAAGCAGAGUACCGCAGUCUCCACCGGUAAACAGUCAGUACCGCCCGCGUUCGAAGUGAAACGAAAUCCUCUACGGGAAGUUCGAAGGAAACAAGGUUUUAAUUGUCGGUUGUGUCGUGAGCGUGACAGUGAUCAAAUGGUACAAUGUGAUGGUGAUGGUUGCAGGCAGUGGUUCCACUACGAAUGUGUUGAUGUUACCGACGAUGUAGCGAAUGCCUCGUGGACAUGUCCGUUCUGUACUACCACAGAGAACGUUGCGCAAACAGUUAGAAAUCCCCCCACCUGUGCUAUCACCAAGCAGACUACCUGCAUCACGUCGAAGGAGCAGAAGCAACAGCGAAUAGAGCCACAAAAGAAGGGCGCCGUGUCAGAGCGGUCACAAAGCAAAACGAAUUCUCUCCGAAGCGACACAAGUAGGUUGAGGGAAUUGGAGCUACAAAAGCUCAAUGCUGAGCUCGAGUUGGAGAGGAAGUUUUUGGAGCGAAAGUUCAAGAUAAUGAGGGAUUAUGCCAGCCAAACAUCAUCGGUUAUCAGUGAUUUGGAGAAGAUGUCGAAGAUUCAGGAGUGGGUGGAUGAAACCGAACGCCAUGGUGAGGAGAUCGACUCUGGUUUGGAUGAAGAAGACGCCAACGGACAAGCAUCGAACAACUCGAGGCAGCCACAGGAGCAGCUAGCUCCGAGUCUAGCUUUCAUCAGUAAUCGACCAUCGAUUCAUCUGGACCGUACAGGUCAGCCAUCGCAGCGUACACAUACGCAUCACCCUAGUUUCCCUGGGAAUCAUCCAUCUAACAUUCCUUCGAUUAAUCCUGGAACCUUGGUAGGUGGGGCUCAGUUUGUUCCCGGACAGCGUUCAACUCCACUGCAUCGACAUCCUUCGCAUGCGCCACCUGCCAUGAAUGACGAAACGGUGUGCAUCUUGAAUCGGAGCCAAAUUGCUGCUCGCCAAGCGGUCUCCAAGGACAUGCCAGAAUUCAGCGGAAACCCAGAAGAUUGGCCGCUGUUCUUUUCCGUGUUCAACUCUUCGACACAAAUGUGUGGGUUUUCAAAUGAAGAAAACAUGCUGCGCCUAAGAAAGUGCUUAAAGGGGAAGGCACUAGAAGCUGUGAGGUGUCGACUGCUCCAUCCCUCGAAUGUAGCCGGAGUGAUGUCGACUCUAAAGAUGCUCUACGGGAGACCGGAGGCCAUUAUCCAAGCCAUCAUUCGGAAGGUUCGGUCACUGCCGCCACCCAAUAUGGAGAAACUGGAGACCGUUGUAAAUUUCGCACUUACUGUAGAGAACCUCGUUGCAACGAUCCAGGCCUGCGAGGUUGGCGACUUUGUUUACAACAGUUCAUUAAGAUACGAGCUGGUUGAGAGGCUUCCUUCGUCACUCAAGAUGGAUUGGGCAAGGUAUUCUCGGGAAAGGCCGAAUCCAACACUCAUUGAUUUCAGCGCAUGGCUAUACACCACCGCUGAGGACGCUAGUACAGUCAUGAUAUGUAGUAGUAGCAGUGAGCAACGUAGUCGACAAGGUAAAAAAGACGGUUUUCUAAACUUUCAUUCCGAGUCGGAGUCAACGGUUCCCGAAUCAUUAUCUAAAUCAAAGCCGUCGCCGGUGUUUACGAAAGUGCAAUGCGUGGUGUGUGAAGGAACUUGCUCCUCCGUUGCGAAGUGUAAACGUUUUGAAGAGUUCAGCUACGAUUCUAAGUGGGCAACGGUGAAAGAGUGUAAGCUGUGUCGGAAAUGCCUGCGCAAGCAUAAUGGUUCGUGUAAGCAGUCGAAGCCGUGUGGAACGAACGGAUGUGAGUUUCUUCACCACCCUCUACUACACAACACCAAAAAGCAUGAAGCUCCAAGGCCUUUACCGAGGACGGUAGUGGAUACCAACAAAUCACAGGCGGAGACGAGGAGAGCGAAUCUCAGCUGCAACGUUCACCAAGGGCAAUCAGAGAUCCUGUUUAGGAUCGUUCCGGUCAUGCUGUAUGGACCAACGAAAGCGAUACGCACCUACGCGUUCGUUGAUGAUGGGUCCGAACUUACACUGAUGGAGCAGAGUCUAUCCGAUGAGUUGGGUGUGCAAGGACCGACGAAGUCUUUGUGCCUAAGAUGGACUGGAGGCACGCAGAAGUUGGAGCAACAGUCGCAGCAAAUCAACCUGCAGAUCUCUGGCGUGCACAAUUCCACCAAGUACGAGCUGUCUGGCGUCUGUACGAUGCCAUCAUUACAAAUUCGCCCACAAACGCUCUUGCUAGCCGAUAUUCAGGCGAAAUAUCCUUACCUAAAAGGGUUGCCCCUCGAGUCGUACCGUGAAAUCAGUCCUCGAAUCCUCAUAGGCCUAGAUCACGCUAAACUUGGCCAUGCCAUCAAAAGUCGCGAGGGUAAAGACCACGAACCGAUUGCUGUCAAAACCCGGCUUGGGUGGAUGGUGUUUGGAAAUUGCACAGGCGAAGAGAAAUCCGAACGGUACGUUAACCACCACAGUGUGCAUAUUUGCGAAUGCAAACGGGAUACAGACAAUGACCUACAUAAAGUUGUCAAGUCUUAUUUUUCCUUAGAUAGUCUAGGGGUUGCAAAACCAGACAAGCUGCUCGUCUCGCAUCAGGAUCAACGAGCACAAACGCUCCUGGAAACGACAACACGCUAUCUAGGUGGCCGAUAUGAAUCCGGACUCCUUUGGAAAUACGACGAAGUUCGUCUUCCGGACAGUAAAUCGAUGGCGCUAAAUCGGUGGAGAUGCUUGCACAACCGUAUGAAGCAAAACCCUAUUUUACUCGAGGCGCUGAAGGCGAUAAUUGACGACCACGUCAGCAAGGGCUAUGUUCGAAAGUUGACAAAAGAAGAGCUACAAACCCCACGAUCUCGCAUCUGGUAUCUCCCGAUUUUCCCAGUGGUUAACCCCAACAAGCCAACCAAGAUGAGGCUUGUGUGGGAUGCUGCAGCCACUGUUCAUGGAGUAUCUCUUAAUAGCUGCCUACUGAAGGGCCCUGAUCAGUUGACAUCCCUAUUAUCCGUGCUGAUACAGUUUCGGGAAUUUCGAAUAGCAGUGAGUGGUGACAUCCGUGAGAUGUUUCACCAGGUAUCAAUACGAGAAAGGGACCAACAUUGCCAGCGCUUCCUUUGGGCGGACGGUAAACAAGUAUCCGAGCCGAGUGUCUACGUGGUACAAGUGAUGACGUUUGGGGCCUGCUGUUCACCUAGUACAGCACAAUACGUUAAGAAUACGAACGCUAAGCGGUUUCACCGAGACUAUCCAGCAGCCGUCAAUGCAAUAAUCAAACGGCACUAUGUAGAUGAUAUGCUCGUAAGUGUGGAAUCUACCGAAGAGGCAAUAAAGCUCGUAAGUGAUGUAACCAGGAUACACGCGUCCGCUGGCUUCGAAAUGCGGAACUGGAUUUCAAAUUCUCAAACUGUCUUGUCCGCCGUAAGCAAGGGAGACACCAAUGAAAAGAAUCUCAACAUAGGUGAUGAAAGUACCACUGAGAAGGUCCUCGGCAUGUGGUGGGAUACAUCGAAAGAUUGUUUCACCUACAAGAUCUCUAGACGUUACGACGAGGAACUCAUCUCUGGCAACCGUCGACCAACAAAAAGGGAAAUUCUACGUACGCUGAUGAUGGUUUUUGAUCCACUUGGGCUCAUAGCACACGUCUUGAUGUUUCUGAAAGUACUGCUUCAGGAAAUAUGGCGAACAUCGGUAGGUUGGGACGAUCCGAUCGAAGAUCCGCAGUUCGAGAAGUGGGUGCAUUGGCUAGCAAUCUUUCCUCAAAUAACAUCCAUCGAAAUUCCUCGCUGCUAUAGACUUUUAACACCCUUGAGAGAUGACACCGGCGCACAAAUGCAUACGUUCGUCGAUGCGAGCGAGAACGGAUUCGCUGCAGCUGUAUACUUGAGAUUCGAAAACUGCGGUAUUGUCGAAUGUGCCUUGGUGGGCGCCAAAACAAGAGUUGCGCCUCUCAAAUUUCUAUCGAUCCCUCGGUCUGAAUUGCAAGCGGCCGUCAUUGGUGUCCGAUUUGCGGACACUGUAUCCAAAUCUCUUUCGAUCAACAUUAGUCAGCGAGUCUUCUGGACGGAUUCCAAAGAUGUACUCUGUUGGCUUCGAUCAGACCAUAGGCGUUAUAGCCAAUUCGUUGCCUUCCGCGUCAGCGAGAUUCUGGAGACAACGGAUGUCAACGAAUGGCAUUGGGUGCCAACAAAACACAACGUCGCAGACGAAGGUACCAAGUGGAAGCGUACACCGAACCUAGCUAGUGAUAGCCGCUGGUUCCGAGGACCGGAGUUUCUUAUGCAAAAGAAAGAAGUUUGGCCUGUUAAUCCAUUUGCUAGAAAAUCCACCGAUGAGGAGAUAAGACCACAUCUGCUAUUUCACACGCAAGCUAGGGAACCAGCAAUUCAUCCGGAAAAUUUCUCGAAGUGGGCCGACCUGCUACGGGUAACGGCCUACACUCUGCGUUUCAUCAACAACCUGAAACGAAGCGGCCGCGGAAAGCCACGAGUGUCUGGGCCACUAAAUAAAGGAGACUUUAUCGACGCAGAAAAUAAUCUAUUUCGCCACGCUCAGUCAGCAGCCUUCGCCGAGGAGAUAACCAUCCUCGCUAAAAACCGUUCUUUAAGAAAUCCAGUGAAAUCGAUCUCCAGAUCUAGUUUACUUUAUCAAUGGUGUGCGUUUCUAGAUGAGAACAACGUGCUACGGGUCAAAGGCCGUACAAAAGCGUGUGCCUUUAUCGACCGAGAUGCAGCUGAACCAAUAAUUCUUCCCCGGGAUCAUCAUAUAACCCGUCUGAUCAUAUUUGCUGUACACGAGCAGUUUAAACACCAAAAUCACGAAACGGCAGUUAACGAAAUUCUUCAACGCUACCGCAUUCCUCGCCUGAAGGCAGCAUAUAGCCAGAUCCGAAAAGAUUGUCAAAAAUGUAAAGUGAUCCUCGCAAAACCAAAUCCUCCGGCCAUGGGUGACCUGCCACCAGCUCGACUAUCGGCCUUCGCUCGUCCUUUUACCCACAUGGGCGUGGAUUACUUCGGUCCACUGCUGAUCUCCAUCGGAAGACGCACAGAAAAACGGUGGGGGGUUCUCGCCACUUGCUUAACCACUCGCGCCAUCCAUCUACAGAUCGCUCACACACUAACCACGGACUCCUGCAUAAUGGCCAUCCGAAACAUCAUGGCUAGAAGGGGCAUUCCUGCAGCAAUCUACAGUGACCGAGGGACAAAUCUUCGAGCUGCAAGCAAAGAGCUGCGAAGCGCAGCGGAAAAUUUAGAUCACAAUGCACUGAUGAAGGAGUUUACUACCAGUCGAACCGAAUGGCACUUCAACCCUCCGGUCACUCCACACAUGGGCGGAGCAUGGGAGCGCCUGAUCAGAAGUGUGAAGCAAAAUCUUGAACGAUUACAGUGUAGCAGACUGCCGACUCACGAAGUCCUGGAAAACACAUUCAUGGAGAUCGAGAACAUCGUGAACUCCCGUCCUCUGACCAACAUUCCGAUUGAUGGCGACGAUUCUCCGGUACUGACUCCCAAUCACUUCCUGUUGGGGUCGGCUAAUGGCUUACGAUCGUGGGUCCCUCUAGACGACAACCCUACUCUUCUGCGAAACAGCUGGAAGCAUUCCCAGCAGUUAGCGAACGUCUUUUGGAAGCAAUGGAUUCGGAAUUAUUUGCCAACGAUUACUCGAAGGACGAAGUGGUUCUCUCCGGCGAAGCCAAUAGCUGUUGGAGAUUUAGUAAUAAUCGUAGACCCGAAGCUUCCUCGAAAUAGCUGGCCAAAGGGGCGAGUGAUCUCUAUCUGCCAAGCUCCGGACGGUCAGGUAAGAUCAGCCACCGUACAGACCGCAUCUGGAGGCAUCUACGAGCGGCCUGCAGUAUCCUUAGCGGUAGUCGACGUAGGCGUUGUGGCGAAUACGCUUCAGGAAGAGUCCUCGCGCAUUCCGGGGGGGAGUGUUGACUACGCCCCGUCGAAAACUGCAGCAUCCGCACAUACAUCUACGCCACUGACAAAUGAACAAGGCAAACCUGCAACCACACAAGCGAUUGUUAAUGAAAACCAGAUGUACACAAAACCACGAUAA